AUGUCGACCACAAAUAGUACUGCUAUGAAUGCUGCAUUCUUGGCAGAAAAUAGACAAGCUGAGGUUUAUGCUGUCGCCACUGUGUUCUUUGUGUUAAGUCUUCUGUCCCUUGCUGGACGCCUUACUGCCGCGCGAAUUGUUGGAAAGUCUCUGUGGUGGGAUGAUUGGUUCGCGAUAAUUGCUGCUGUUUGUGGAAUCGGUGGCUACAUUACCACCAUGCUCUAUCUCCGUUUUGGCCUUGGAAGACAUGCCAUCGUUGUCAGCCAAGAAGACCCAGAAAACCUGUCCCGCUUUCUUCAAACAAUCGUCGCAAAUGAAAUUGUUUACACCAGUGGCCUGGCUUUUGCCCGACUCUCGAUUGUGGCGCUGUAUUAUCGCAUUUUUGGCUCAUCGAACAUGCGAUACUUCUUACACGGAUUUUCAGCCUUCAUUGUGGCCUGGGCAAUCUCUACUUAUGUCCCGUCUAUCCGAACCUGUUGGCCAAUAAGCAGUUUCUGGGAUGGCACAAAUCAAAAUUGCAUUGAUCUUCAUGGGUUUUAUGUUGGCGUUGCAAUUGGCAGUAUAAUUACAGAUUUCGGUCUCAUGGUUCUCCCAAUGCCAUAUAUCUGGAACCUGAAAGUUCCAACGUUUCAAAAAGUUUUACUUGCAUUGACAAUGAUUUUCGGGGGAUUUGCUUGCUUUGUGACGAUUUUUCGCCUCGCAAUAGUGGUUAGCCUGGACCUGUCGGACCUCACUUGGAAUACCGUUGAUCAGAUCAUUUGGACUACCUUGGAAUUAUUUUGGUAA